GCCUUGACUGCGAGCAGACGUGCGCAUCGUCGGCGGAGCGCGGCUCGAUCUCCCGUCGCGGCUACGCGAAAGACUCUCCUUUUUUUUUCCCCUCCCUCUCUGUCUAUCUGUGUGUAUGUGUGUGUCUCUCUCUCUCUUUCUCUUUCUCCCUCCCUCUCUGUUUUAUCCGUCUCUCGGCUAUCUGUCACUCGGUCCCGCGGCGUGUAUCGCGCGUGUCGUCAACUCGGCGAGAACGUUCCUCGCGUGUGUACCUGGUGCUCCGUGCUUCUGUGCUUACGAGUUUUUUUGCUCCGCGAGGAGGCGAUACCGCGCACGGUGGCGGUGGCGGGGCCGUGCGUGCGUGCGUGCGUGACCCAUCGAGAGAGAGAAUAUCGUUCCGUGCAUUGGCACGAACAUAGCGGUGGACUCGUCGACGUCGGAGGCGUCGUGGUGAUUGUGUCUGCAACUGCGGUCGCGGCUCCACGUUUCCUCGCGUUAUCCCCUAGGAACGAGCGCUGCUUCCCAUCGCUUCGUCGCCUAUCCCUGAUCUCGUAUCCUCCCCAGGGAGCAGCCCCCGUUAACGCGGUUAUGAGGCCCGCCGCCGAGUGCAAUUGACGGACGCGCGACGAGACGGAGAGAGUGGUGGGGCGGGCCGUGAUUGGAGUAUGUACAUAUAGUGCAACGGUGGAUGUGUGUGUACGUGUGUGCGCGUAUGCGUACUUACGUACGUACGUACGUGCGUGCGUGCGUGCAUGCAUGCAUGCGUGCGUCAAACAUAACCUAAGUGUCGCUAAGCGCGCUAAGUGCCGUUCGCUGUCGCGUUCGUGAUAUCGGACGUGACGUAUCUAUCUAUCUAUCUAUCUAUAUAUAUACAUAUACACGUAUAUUAUCGAGGGCACAGUCGGAGGGGCUCGAACGUGGGAUUAGAGAUCGAACAGGCACGGUGACAAUAAGGGUGCCCUUGUCAACGGGGAGAUACGUCAUCGCUUAUCGCACGAUAAAGGACGCCGUUUUCCGCGCGCACAGCUGAUUCGAGGACGAGCGAACGAGAAGAGAAGAAGCAGCAUAGGUAGCGGACGGUCCUCUCCUUGGACGAGGCGAGGGAAGGAAGAAAGAGAGGGAGAGAGAAAGGAGGAAGGAAAUUAUGCCGAUCGCGUGAUAUCGCUCGAUCAUCGGUAUCGUCGAUCGGAACGCGGCUCAAACGAUAACGGUGGCUCGCUUCAUCGAAGGGACGAGGGGGCCGUGAAGUGGGGGAGGGGGUGGCCGGGCCAGCAAGUGCUUUGAUGGCAGUGGUCGGGCCCAGCCGGCACUCGCGGGUGUCCAUGAGCGUGUCCAUACCGCUGAUGCAGGGCGGCGGGGCGGGGGCGACCGGCGCCGGCGGCGGCGGCGCCGGUGCCGCCGCCGCCGGGGCCCAUCCGGGCCAGGCGGUCCUCGCCGCCGCCGCCGCCGCCGCGGCCGCGGCCCAGGCGGCGCCCCCCACUUACUACCACCCCGCGGCGCCCGCACCCCCGCCCCCGCCGCCUGCCCAGGAUCCCGUCCAGCCGGACCGACCCAUCGGUUACGGGGCCUUCGGCGUCGUCUGGGCUGUCACGGAUCCAAGGGAUGGCAGGAGAGUAGCCUUAAAAAAACUGCCGAACGUCUUUCAAAGUCUCGUAAGCAGCAAGCGAGUCUUCAGGGAACUGAAAAUGCUUUGCUUCUUCAAACACGAUAACGUACUUUCCGCGCUGGACAUCCUUCAGCCGCCACAUCUGGACUUCUUCCAAGAGAUAUAUGUGAUCACCGAACUGCUCCAGAGCGACCUGCACAAGAUCAUCGUGAGCCCACAGCAUCUCAGCCCGGACCACAUCAAGGUCUUCCUUUAUCAGAUCCUACGAGGCCUCAAGUAUCUUCACUCGGCCCAGAUCCUUCACAGGGAUAUCAAGCCCGGGAAUCUCCUAGUGAACAGCAAUUGUGUACUAAAAAUCUGUGAUUUCGGAUUGGCGCGGGUGGCGGAGCCUGACCAGAACGUGCACAUGACCCAGGAAGUCGUGACGCAGUAUUAUCGCGCACCGGAAAUCUUGAUGGGCGCGCGACACUACACCGCGGCGGUGGACGUUUGGAGUGUCGGCUGCAUCUUCGGCGAGCUGCUACGUCGGCGGAUCCUCUUCCAGGCCCAAAGCCCCGUGCAACAGCUCGAGUUAAUUACGGAACUGCUGGGCUCGCCUACUCUUGAGGAGAUGAGGUAUGCAUGCGAGGGUGCGAAGUCUCACAUGAUGAGAAGGGCGCACAAGCCGCCAUCGCUCGCGACUUUGUAUAAUCUCAGCAGCCAGGCGACACACGAGGCCGUCCAUUUGCUUUGCCAGAUGCUAGUCUUCGAUCCCGAUAAGAGGAUCACCGUGGUGAACGCCCUGGCGCAUCCUUACCUGGACGAGGGACGGUUGCGGUAUCAUUCGUGCAUGUGCACAUGCUGCUACACGACAAGCGCAGGAAUGAGACAGUACAGGGUGGAUUUCGAGCCUUCGGCCGCUCAUCCGUUUGACGAUCUCUGGGAGCGAAAGCUUACGAGCGUGCAGCAAGUGAAAGAGGAGAUGCACAAAUUUAUAGCGGAGCAGCUCAACACAACGCGAGUGCCGCUCUGCAUAAAUCCGCAAUCCGCGGCUUUCAAGAGCUUCGCAAGCUCCACGGUGGCUCACCCCUCGGAAUUGCCACCCUCUCCACACCAGUGGGAAUAAAAAGUCUUCCCCGUUCCCCGGUCCCCAAGAUAGAGACCAUUGGACCCGAGGGUGACGACUUGGCGUCGCGCUCCGAGAAGAAAGGACGAUCUUCCGACCGGAAGAUAGUAAGUCGCCGAUAACAGGAAGAAAGAAGAAGAGGAAGAGGGAAGAGGGGGGGACUGGAAGCUGCGGAGAGAAGAGCCAAGAGAGACAAUAGACUGCCGCACAUUGUAGCCUCAAUUUUCGACUAGCCGAUACAUAUACAUGCGCGAGAUAUCGCAUAGCGAUGCGUAGAAAAAUGCCAGAGAAAUUUCGGGCCAUGGAAAUUUGUGAUUUAUCUCGAGAAUAUAUUUUUUUUCCAAGCAACUUGGAAAUUAUUUGAUUUUAUUCUUAAAGUGUGUGGAAUUUUUCGUCCGAGAACUUAAUAAUUUUAGAAGUGUUAGGAGAAGUAUUUUAAUUAAAUAAA